UGUUCGCGUGGUGCGCGAGUUCAAUUCACGUGCGUGUUGGCAGCGGUUUGAAACGUUAAUUUUUGUACAUUAUUGAUUGUAAUUUUUGUAUAUUAGCUUCAAUAAUUGUGAUUCUUCAGUUUUGAACCUUAAAUCAUGAACGUCGACAACGUGCCGCAGGAAUUUCCUCCGAGUGAUAUCGAUUGCAAGCGCAAAGGAAUCACCCACAUUUCAGCAUGGGCAGACAAAGAUGAAUUCCUCACCGUAUUCAAUCGAAUCUUCCAAAUGGGUAAAUCGCCACUAGAAGCGAAAACGGCCGCUCUCCAAACGCUCAAAGUGUGGAAGAUCCGACAGGGCAAGCAUACCCCGAUCAGUAUCCUCUGUACGAUUACCAUUCUGGAGGCUCAGCUGUACGACGAAAAGAACCGGAACCAGGAUGGGACGACGGACAUUGCCAAUGAGGUGAAGAGCAUGUACGCGGGAGCAUUCACUCGAUUCAUCAAUCACUUGUCGGAGUAUCGUCAGCAGACUGGUGCUGGACGGAAAGGCAGUAUGGCCAAUCGCGUGAAAGAGAUCGGAAUCGAAGGAUUUUUGGUCGAGCUGCGUCAUCUUUGCGCACACAGUUCGAUGUCCAUCGCUGUGGACGUAUUUCGCCGAUCAGCGGAAUAUUGCAUGAAUUGGCUAAAGGCCAGCUACUGGAAGCGGGAACUGGAACAGAUGCAGAGCUGCGAAAAGCAGCAGAUCAAAGGGGUGGGAUUGGGUGAUAAGUUUCGAAACGAGUUGGAGUACAUUGCGAAAGUGUACGAUAUAACGACCAAGGCCAUCCACAAGGGAGCCAAGUCUGUGAGUGGGGCUGAAAAGGAACUGACACCUACCCAGUUCCAGAUGCUUCAGGAGCACAUUCGUGCGAACAAGGUCGAUCAGUUGCGAACGGUAGUUUUCGAUGUGUGCCGAUACCUCUCAGACACAAUUCAAUUGCCCAAGCAUCCUGAAACGGUGCCCACAGUUUGCAACGUGUUUUUGGAAUGUUGCCAAUACAUGUUUGAGGCUCCCGUUACCGGAAUCACCCAAGGCCUGGCGAACAUCCAUCAGCAGUUCUUCCAAACGCUAGUCGCAAAGGGUUACAUACAACAGUACUGGGAAAAACUGAUGGAAAUUUGCGAAGACGAACAGGAGACGCCCGAAAGACGCCAGGGAGCUAAGUUUUGGGCCACGGAAGUUGCACUGGCGUUCCGGUUGUUGAAAAAAUUUAAAAAGUUGCUACAGAAGGCGCCAGAACGAACGCUUCAGUUCAAUCAGAAGGAACAUACGAGGAAGAUGAGCAAAACGGUACGGGCAAUCUAUCAGAACAAAUUGAGGGUGGAUUUGCACAAUACGAUUGUGCUGGGGAUGUCCGCCAAUUGUCCGUGGCAUUUGCAGCUUUCGAGGACUUACCUGAUGGCAAGGAUUAUGAACGUCAAUGCGUACACCAAGGAAAUUUUACCUAUCAUUCUAGCCCUGGCCGAACCCCACCUCAAACUGUCCCAGCGGGAAACGAUCGAAGCCGCUGCUGAGAAGUACACCAUGAACUAUCUGGCCGCGCUGGAGGAUGGGGAGCAGGAUGCUUCGGCAACUUCUACACCGAAGCGACCCGGUACAGGCGCUGCCGGUCGCCGUCAUGACAAGAUUUACACCUUGGACGACAUUCUUCGGAAGAGGAAUACGAACGGUGCGGAUGAGGCUACCAGUGCCAAGAAACCGAAACAGCUGGGCGUGUGGAAAACGACGGACAAUGAGGACCUCGAUUGGGGUAAGUGCCCUCUGGGGAAGCUAGUGUGGGAUUGAGAAAUGCUGGAAUUGUGGCAAUAAAUGGGCAAACUCUAAA